AUGGAGUCGGGGUCGCGUGCGAGUCCCCACCCUCACGCAUACCCCUACCACGCCCACGCCCUCCGGCUUGGCCCUCGCGCAUCCGCGCUCUCGCUGCGGCCAGCAGGGGACUUUCACGACUAUCUCUUCCUGCGCUCUGACGCAACCGUGCGUCCUCCAGCGCUUGCUGCCGGCGCGUUCGCUGUAAUAGCGACUGAAGUGGAGAAGUCGGCGGUAGACCAAGGUCACACCGCUGAGAGCGUGCAUGCUCUGCCUCCGGCCCCUGGUGCGGCCGCUACUGUUGCUCCCCCGGCUCCUCCUGCCGCUGUUGCGGCGUCGUCAAUUCCUGUCCCGCUGGCUCCUGCCCCCUCACCGAGCCUCCCCCUUCCUCACGGUGUCCCCGUGUCUGGCGCGUCGGCUCCCGUUGCGCUGCAGACGCUUGUGGCGCCGCCGCCUGUCCAAGCUGCCGUCGGGGCCCUUGCGCAGGGGAAGGCGGUGGGCGCUGGCCCCGACUCUGCACACUUGGUGGCCCCCGCGGCUGCGCCGGUACAGCCCGUCGCGCAGCGGUACACAGAGUCACAGAGUCACGGUGCCGCGGGGGGCAGUGCGGCCGCGCACCGGGGGCGAGGUUCUCCUCGGCGUCGCCCCUCCUCGUCCUACUAG